AUGGUUUUAACAUUGAAAGAAUUAAUUAAUAAUAUUUGUCAAACUAAAGAUAUAAAAUUAAUAAUUGAACAAUUAAGGGAAUUAAAACAAUCAUUUUUAAAUUAUAAUAAUAGCGAAAAUAAUGAUAAUGAUAAUCAAGUAACAAUAACAUCAAUUUUAAAAUUAUUAAUUGAAAAUGUUUUAGAUAAUUGGUAUUAUGCAUUCACAGAAUUUGAUAAACAAUUAUUUGAAAGUUUUUUCUUUUUACCAAAUUUAUUAUCAGAAUCAUUUAUAACAUUAACAACAUUAUUAUCAGAAUAUAAUUAUAAUAAUAGUAAUAGUAAUAAUAAUAAUAGUAAAAAUAAUGAAGAAUUAUAUUCACAAAAAUUAAACUUUUUAUUUAAUAUUUUAUAUAAAUUUAUAAAUGAUAAUAAUAGUAAUAAUUUAUCAAAGUUAAUAAUUGAAUUUCAAAAUAGAAAAUUUAAAAAACAUAAUAAUAAUAUUGAUUUAGAAAUUCAUGAAACAAUUUGGAAUUUAAUAAUAAAAUCAAUUUGUUUGAUACCAGAUAAAUGUAGAUCAAUUCAAUAUUAUUAUAAAAAUAAUAGAAUUAGGAAUAUUCAAUCACCAUUAUCAUCAGUUAAAGAUUAUAUUUUAGAAUUCUUUACCAAUAAUAAUUUAUUUUAUUCCAAAAUCAUUCAACAAUGUAUUCAAUCUGUAAAUAGUAGUAUUUCUACCAACCUCAAUAAUAAUAGUGAUAAUAAUAAUAUAAAUAAUAUAAUAACAUUAUUUUCAAACCAAUAUUCAAUUUUAUUUUCAAAAAUGAUUAAAAUUGGUGAAAAAGAUAUUAUUGUAAAUAAUUUCUUUAAAGAGUUAUUUCAAGAUGAUAAUAAGAAUAGUAGUUUAAUAUUAAAAAAGAAAUUAUCAUCUAAUAUUAUUAUUGGAAUUCAAGGUAGUUGUUUAGAUACAUUUUUAGAAACAAUUAUAAAAUCAUUAUCAAAAUUAAUGGAUAAUAAUAGUCAAAAUUGUUAUUUAGAUUUACUUUAUUCUAUACUAUUAUUUGAAGGUAGUACAAAUGAAGAUAAAGAACCAUUAUUAUUUUUAAUUUUAAAUAAUUUAUUAAAAUCAUGGAAAGAUCCUUACUUUAUUAGACAUUGUACAAAUGAGCAACAUUCUUAUAUUACAAGAUCAAUAAUUUUUUUUAUUGAAAAAUUAUCAAUAGCAAAUUCAACAUCAACAUCAACUAUUAAACCAUUACCAUCAGAUAAGAUUGAACAUAUUAAACAUUUAUUAUUAAGUGGUAUUGAUGUACAUUUAAAAUUUACAAUUUCAAAUAUAAAUAAUCGUGGUAUGUUUGUAGCUGAACAAUUUUCAAAAUUAUUUAAUAAUAAUAAUAAUAAUAAUAAUUCAUCAGAACCAUUAAAAUUCAACUAUUCACUAGAUACACCUGAUCAACAAUGUUUUUCUUUAAAUUUUAAACCAAUUUUUCAAGAACCUUUAACGACCACCAAUACCACUACCACCACCAAUACAACAAGCAACAGUACAGCAUCAUCAAAUAUUGGAAAUGAAAAAAAACAAUCAAAUAGCUCAAAAGAACAUUAUAAAAAAUUAUUAGAAAAAGAAUUUAAAAAAUAUGAUGAUCCUGAUAAAAUUAUGAAUGAUGAAGAUGAUGAAGAUGAAGAUGAAGAUGAAGAUGAAGAAGUAGUACAAAAUGGACCAAAAAUUACAGAAAUCAAUUCAGAAGAUGAGGAGGAGGAUGAGGAUGAUGAUGAUUUAAAACCAUAUGAUUUAGAUGAUGAUGAAUCAGAUUUAAAUGGUAUUAAAAAAAAGAUAUAUUUAAGAGACUGUUUAUUAGAAUUACAAAGUCAAAAACAUACAGCAGAGUCAUGGGAGAAUGCAUUAAAUUCAAUAUCAAAUAUAGUUUGGUCAUUACCUGAUGAUUUAGAUGAAUUAAGUGUACAACUUGCAAAUUCAUUAAUUCAUUUAACAAAUGAAUAUGAUUUAGAAUCAUUCUCAUCAAUUCGUCAUGAAUCAUUAGUUUCCUUAGCAACUCAAUCAACUUCAUUAGUAAUUCCUUAUCUCACUGAUGCUUUCAAACAAAAGAAUUUUAGCAUUGGUCAAAGAAUUGAAAUCUUGGAAACAAUCUCUGAAUCUGCUAAAGAAUUAUCAGCUUUAAAUUAUCAACAAAAUACUCAAAGACAACAACAACAAGAACAACAACAACAACAGUAUGAAGAGUCUAAAAAUAGUAUAUUUAAUAUUAAUGGUGGUGGUGGUAGUGGUGAAAGUAGUAAAUUACCAAUUUUAAAACAAAUUGGUAUUGUUAGAAAAUGGGGACAAAGAAAGACACCUAGACCAAUAAUAAAAUCAAAUAGAUUCCAUAAAUUUGUAAAAAUUUAUUUUUAUCCAUUAUUAAGUGGAUUUGAUAAAGUUACUCAAUGUUAUGAAGGUGGUGCUAGUGGUGGUGAGAUGAUGAUGGGAUAUGAUAGUUUUUUAUUAAGUAGAUUAAUUCAUACAUUGGGUGUUAUUGUUGAAUGUGCAGGUAAUUCAAAUGAUACUAGAAUGAUAUCAAAAGAGUUGGUUAGAUUUUUGUGGUCAUUUAAAUCACAUAGAGAUUCAAAUGUGAGAAGGUCAUUACUUUAUUCACUAUCAAGAGUAUUCUAUAGAGAGACAAUUACAAAGUCAGUUAUUGAUCAAGACUACACUGAUGAAAUUGAAGAUAUUGCUCAAUUUUUAUUUGAAGUAUCUCAAUCCGAUUCUGAUAAAGACUCAAGAGUUAUGGCAAUUGCAACACUAUCUAAAAUUGUUGACAUUUCUAAAAAUAAUUAG